AUGAUGGCGGAAGCGGAGAUCCAGGCUCGAGGAUACCGAGCGGAAGCGGCGCACCUCAAGGCAGUGCUGGCAACAGUGUUGGGCGAGUUCCGUGACGUUGACACGACAGAAGCAGUGUCGCAGAUUGCAGAGCUCUGCCAACUGCUCUCAGUCACCAACCCGCACUGCCUUCCCAGCGCAGUGACUCACCUUUCAACGCGCGCAUGGCACUGCGAGCAGCUGCUGCGGCGGAUGCAGCAGACCCAGGCCAGCCUGCAGACAAGACAGGAGCAGGUCACAGCUCUGGCUGAGUGCAUCGAGAGCUGGAAGGCGCAGCUGCCAUCGGACGAUGACAUCAGCAGGGCCACUGAUGACGUGGCAGACAAAAUCAGGAGAACGGCACAGGAGCAGCAGCAGCUGAGCCUGCAGCGAUCUGCCGCUCAGGGCUCACUAGAAGCUGCGGGGUACAGUGCUGACGUGGACAUGGCUGCCCUGUUACAGCUGGCAGCGGAGGUGCAGGGGGAGGAGGAGGAGGUGGGGCGCCUGCAGCAUGAUCUCGCCAUCUACUCUGACCUGCCCACGGGGAUGGGGUUAGCUGGAGGUGCAGUGGGAGGGGGAGGAGGUGGGGCAGCUGCACCUGGCAAUCUUCUCAGACCUGCCCUCAGUAUGGACAUCACUCUGGCUCGCACGCACCUGCAGAGGGAGAGGGAGCGCCCGAGGGAGGGAGGGGAGGAAGAGCUGGAGGCGUGGAGUAUGGGGAAAGAGGUGGACGAGGGCGAGGAGGGAGAGGGGAUGCAAGGUGGGGAGAGGGAGGGUGGGGACGUGGAGGAUGGGGGAGCUAUAGGAGGGUGGGGUGGGGGCUCGUGGGCCCGGCCCACAUGCACUGGCAGGCCGGACGGUGAAGGCAGAGGGGGCAAGGGGGAUGAGUUGGAUGCGGUGGAGUGUGGUGAGUGGCUGCAGUGGGGCGAGCUGGGUUUGACUGCGUCCAGGUGGGAUGUGGGGGAGGUGCAACUGAGGGAGGGGUGGGCCAGGGAAGAUUGGGACACGAGGGAGGGUGAGUGGGAGGAGAAGCAGGAGGAAGGGGAGGAGAAGCAGGAGGAAGGGGAGGAGGUGGAAGAGGCAGGGGAGGAGGAAGUGGAGGAGUGGGGGAAUGACGAAUUGAAGGAAGAGUCAAAGGAGGAAACGGAGCUUGCAGUUGGGAUGGGGGAUUCUGAGGGGGAAGGAGAGAAGGGGGAGUGA